GUUGAGGAAGAGGGGGAGAGAGAGAGCAUAGGAAAUGGCGAAGAGGCAAGAAGAAGCUCUUCUCUUCUGAUUAUCCCUUCAGAAAUCACUACUUUUGAUUCUCUUCCCACUCUAUCACUUUCUUCGAUUCUUAGAUCUGAAAACCCCUCAAAACCUUCGAUGAUUAAGUAAAGCAAAAUCAGUGCAGGUGUAAAAAUAUGAGCCAAUUGAGUAUCGAAACUGGAGAUUCUUUUACUACUUUACUUGAACUUGCUGCGAAUAAUGACAUCCAGGGGUUCGCCCUAUCAAUUGAAUCCGACCCAUCUGGGAUUGACGAGGUCGGAUUAUGGUAUGGCCGACAAAAGGGGUCAAAACAAAUGGUUCUUGAACACAGAACUCCAUUAAUGGUGGCAGCCAUGUAUGGAAGCAUAGACGUUCUCAAGUUAAUUCUUUCCCAAUCAAAAGUCGAUGUGAAUCGAUUGUGUGGAGUUGACAAGACAACCGCCCUUCACUGUGCUGCGUCAGGUGGAUCAAUAAAUGCUGUCGACGUUAUAAAACUGCUUUUAUUAAGUGGGGCCGACCCGAAUCUAAUCGAUGUAAACGGGCUUCGACCCGUGGAUAUGAUCGUUGUCUCUCCAAAGCUCCCGGAGAUGAAAAAAACCCUUGAAGAUCUUCUCGGAUCCGACUGUGACCCGCCCAUUUUAGACCCAUUGUCGCCGGAAAACCACUCACCGGAAAACCACUCUCCGGUGUCAGAAACCGACCUUCUUUGUUCACCUAAAAUUUCAACAUUUGAUUCCAAGAGAGAAUACCCGGUUGACCCGUCAUUACCCGAUAUCAAAAACAGCAUUUAUUCAACCGACGAAUUCCGAAUGUAUUCCUUUAAAGUCCGUCCAUGCUCCCGGGCCUACUCCCAUGAUUGGACGGAAUGCCCAUUUGUCCACCCUGGCGAAAACGCACGGAGGCGGGACCCACGGAAGUACCAUUACAGCUGUGUCCCGUGUCCGGAUUUCCGGAAAGGGACAUGUCGCCGUGGCGACAUGUGCGAAUACGCGCACGGCGUAUUCGAAUGUUGGUUACACCCGGCGCAGUACCGGACCCGUCUGUGUAAAGACGGGACCGGCUGUAACCGCCGGGUGUGUUUCUUUGCUCACACACAAGAUGAGCUUCGCCCGUUGUUUGUUUCAACGGGGUCCGCGGUCCCGUCUCCGCGAUCUUCCUCAUCCGCGUUGGAUUUUGCAGCAGCCAUGAGUUUGAUGCCGGGGGCACUUUCGUCUUUUACACCGCCGAUGUCGCCGUCGGGAAACGGAAUGUCGAAUAUGAACUGGCCACAACCAAAUGUCCCGUCUUUGCAUUUACCGGGGAGUAAUCUUCAGUCGAGUAGAUUAAGAUCGUCUCUUAAUGCGCGAGAUAUGUCUGAUCAAGAUUUGAAUCUUCAGCUUCUGAAUGAGUUAUCUAGACAACAAAGAGCUGUUCAUAAUCAGUCGAUUUUAACCCCGACAAAGUUGGAUGAUAUUUUUGCAGCUGAAAGCUCGUCUCCUCGGUUUUCAGAUCAAUCGGUUUUCUCACCGAGGCAUAAUUCAUCGGUUUUUAAUCAGUUUCAGCAACAACAGAGCAUGUUAUCGCCAAUUAAUACGAAUUUUUCGCCAAAGAAUACGUCUUUUGGGGUUCAAAAUUCACCCGGGAGGAUGUCGCCAAGAAGUGUUGAUCCGAUUUCGCCCAUGAGUUCUAGGGUUUCAAUGUUGGCACGUGAGAAUCAACAACAGUUUAGAAGUUUGAGUUCACGGGAACUUGGAUCUAGAUCUGGUUCUAUUGUGGGUGGUGGUUCAGUUGACCCGUGGUCAAAGUGGGGUUCGUCUGAAAAACCCGAUUGGGGGGUUAAUGAGAAUGAAUUUGGUAAGCUUCGAAGAUCAUCGUCUUUUGAAAAUGGUGGCAAUAAUGGGGAGGAGCCAGAUCUGUCAUGGGUUCAAUCGCUUGUGAAAGAAACGCCUCAAGAGAUGAAGGAAAAGCUGGCGGCGGCUUAUGGCGGCUCUGGUAGUGGUGGUGGGGGUGGUAGUAGCAGCGGUGGUGGUGGUGUGAAUUCGAAUGCGCAGAUUGAACAAAUGGAUCAAUCUGCAUUGAGUGCGUGGAUUGAGCAAAUGCAGCUCGAUCAACUUGUGGCUCAACAGAAUUGAAAUCUUGAUAAGUAGGUAAAUAACAUGGUUUCGAUCCGAUUUCCGGUUUUGAUUUUUGGGCUUGAAAGUUGGCGACAAAGGAGGAGCGAAAAAAACAAACGAGUUUUUUUUUUCUCCUAAGAAACUUGAUUAUUUUUUUUAAUUAAUACAAGCAGAAGAAAAAAAUUAGAAACUUUAGAACAAAAAAUCUGGGUGUGCUUUGAAAAUGGUAGCCCAGUUUAGGAAAUUUUCUAAGAAAACUACCAAAUCUUAAUUCUGAUAUAUUUUAUUAUUAACAGUAAAAUUUUCCCCCUUUUCCUUUCUUCUUGAGAAACUCAAGGUGUUGAUGUAAUCAUGUGUGGUGGGUGUUGUAGAUCUCAAGUGUUUUGCUCCUUUUUCACCCUCUUUUGUUGGGUGAAUUAGAGAUUUGAAAGGAUGAGGUGAGGAUUAUGAUAACUGAUGUAGCAAUCAAUGAUUUCAAUUAAUAUUAUUAUAUCCCUUUUCAUUGUUA